CUGGCGCUUUGAUGGUAUCUGUGAGCGUUUGUGCUGAUCUUAUUUCUGCUCCCUAAAUAUUAAUUCCCGAAACUGGUAGCAGUACAUCUCGGUGAGGGACCUACUAGAGGCAGGUGGGGGAGGCACCAUCAGAUCAUAAGCAUAAUAAUACAAAGGGGAGGGAUUUUUCAGCUACCCAGAGGCAAGACGGGAGAGGGAGGAAGGGAAAAAAAAAAAGCGAUGAGUUCGCCAAAUAGAUGGAGCACAGGAAGCUCAGUCUACUCGACUCCUGUAUUUUCACAGAAAAUGACGGUGUGGAUCUUGCUCCUGCUAGCGCUCUACCCCGGCCUCACUAGCCAAAAAUCCGAUGAUGACUAUGAAGAUUAUGCUUCUAACAAGACAUGGGUCUUGACUCCAAAAGUUCCUGAGGGUGAUGUCACAGUCAUCUUAAACAACCUUCUAGAAGGAUAUGACAACAAACUUCGACCUGAUAUAGGAGUGAAACCGACCUUAAUUCACACAGAUAUGUAUGUCAAUAGCAUUGGUCCAGUGAACGCUAUCAAUAUGGAAUAUACGAUUGAUAUUUUUUUUGCCCAAACAUGGUAUGACAGACGUCUGAAAUUUAAUAGCACCAUUAAAGUCCUCAGAUUGAACAGCAACAUGGUGGGGAAAAUCUGGAUUCCAGACACUUUCUUCAGGAAUUCCAAGAAGGCUGAUGCCCACUGGAUAACCACCCCCAACAGGAUGCUGCGAAUCUGGAAUGAUGGUCGUGUGCUGUACACCUUAAGGUUGACAAUUGAUGCUGAGUGCCAGUUACAGUUGCACAAUUUCCCAAUGGAUGAACACUCCUGCCCCUUGGAGUUCUCCAGUUAUGGCUAUCCACGUGAAGAAAUUGUCUAUCAGUGGAAGCGAAGUUCUGUUGAGGUGGGAGACACAAGAUCUUGGAGGCUUUAUCAAUUUUCAUUUGUUGGACUGAGAAAUACCACUGAAGUAGUGAAGACAACUUCAGGAGAUUAUGUGGUUAUGUCUGUCUACUUUGACCUGAGCAGAAGAAUGGGAUACUUUACCAUCCAGACCUACAUCCCCUGUACGCUCAUUGUUGUCCUGUCCUGGGUGUCUUUCUGGAUCAAUAAGGAUGCUGUUCCAGCCAGAACUUCUUUAGGUAUCACCACCGUGCUGACAAUGACCACCCUUAGCACCAUCGCCCGGAAGUCGCUCCCCAAGGUGUCCUAUGUCACAGCGAUGGAUCUCUUUGUAUCAGUUUGUUUCAUCUUUGUCUUCUCUGCUCUGGUGGAGUAUGGCACCCUGCAUUACUUUGUCAGCAACCGGAAACCCAGCAAGGACAAAGACAAAAAGAAGAAAAACCCUGCCCCAACCAUUGAUAUCCGCCCAAGAUCAGCCACCAUUCAAAUGAACAAUGCCACACACCUUCAAGAGCGAGAUGAAGAAUACGGGUACGAGUGUCUUGACGGCAAGGACUGUGCCAGUUUCUUCUGCUGUUUUGAAGAUUGCAGAACAGGAGCCUGGAGACAUGGGAGGAUACAUAUCCGCAUUGCCAAAAUGGACUCAUAUGCACGUAUCUUCUUCCCCACUGCCUUCUGCUUGUUCAAUCUGGUUUACUGGGUUUCCUACCUUUACCUGUGAAAAGGUAUGGGUUUCAUCAAUAUAUGGGGGUCUUAUUCGCUAAAUCUUAUAGAGAGUGAUGUCCUUUCUAAGUCCACUGAAUUCAUCCUCUUUGUAGUUUCUAAUGAUCAGAAUCUGUUUCUAUGUUCUAACAUGGUAAAGUGUAAUAAUGUCUUACUGUUUGUGCCCGACUCUCCGGUGGGAAGUAUAAUUUGAACUGUAAUGUUUGCUGUGUUUCAAACCUGCAAGGUGAAGCUAAAUUAGAGCAAGAACAUUGAAACUAAACAAGAUAUUAUCUCAAUUGCUGUAGCUGAAAACAGCCAUGACUGUUUAUAGUGGUGGCGUCCUUACUCAAUUCAAAAUACAAUUAGAUGCAAAAGAUCUGAAACUAUAUCUUAUGUUCAUUUGGAGUCAGAUUGUGGUAACUUUGCUCCCAAUAGGCUAUCUCCCUCAUUUGAGAAAAAUCACAGCUCACUUUCACUAUAAGAGGCUAGUCUAGAAAUCGACUACACCUAUAUAUAACCCAAGAAAAUUUCCUCCACACCACAUGUACAAUGAUGUAAAUAUUCCAUAACGUAGAAUGCUUCAAGUUUAAUGCAUGCAUCUCCUUAGAGCCAAAAUAAAUGGAUUGGCGUUAACAUCAUAAAGUAUUGUCUGUUAUUCUGUGUCUUUGGACUACAAAAGAAUCAUGACUGCGAUUAUAAGGAUCUGGGUUUGGAACUGGAGAGAGGAAGUUCCUCUAUUUUCUUCCUCAUGCACGAUGAUUAAAACAGCAUUUUUUCCUUUGUAUGACAUAUUCAAACACUAUAGACUGAAUAAUUGACACUUGCCACCUCUAAAUAUGCCCAGUUUCAUUGAAUAUAAAGUAACUAUAUGUGCUUGCUGCUGUUUUUUCUUCCUUUUAGGAUAGAGCAUAACAGAACUUUCUCUCCAUCACAAGAUCUGCUUUUAGUGCUUGUGAGUGCCUUGUGGGCAGAACAAUUGUUUUUUCCUGGAUGGGUCCUCAGCACCUUAGAUAGUGCCUAGCACAUAGCUGGUGCUCAAUAAAUAGGGUUUGAAGUAAAAUGGCUUCAUAUUUUUCUGAUGACUGUUUCUGCACUGGUCUGGAACCAGUUAGUCAUCUUUUCCCAUAAGCAUUGUUAAGUAAUAUUUGAUCUUGCAGGAAAAAAAAAAGGAUCCAAAGAACUUUGGAUAUUUAUGUUCAUUAUCAAAAACUUGUCUGAGCCAUAGUCUCUCCUCCUUUUAAAAUAAUAGUCAUGUCCUACAUUUGUAUACAGAAAUGGUCUGCCAAGGCACAGAGUUUGUGCAUUAUUUUUCCAGGUUUGGGACCGAGUGAGCCCUGAACCAUACACGAUUCUGAUUGAGGACAUAUGACAGACUUAAAGUAGGAUUCAUACCAGACUGGCAUUCAAAAUGUAGUAUUCUGUGUUCUGUGGGGGAAAAAAUGCACCGAAGAAAAAAAUCACUUACAAGGAAGUUGAGCCUAUGACUGUGGCCUCAUUCACCUUUACUGUAAUCACAUAAAGUGGUCAUCCCAGACUUCAAAUACGAUGAGUUGAGCUCCAUCUUCAUGUACUCAUCCUGAAUCCUUAUUUUUCUGAAAUAUCAUCACUUGUCUAUACUUCUGUAUGGCAAUCAUUGCUCCAGUUAGAAUUCAGUCAUAGUUCGUGUAACUUUAUAGAUAACCUGAAAAAAAAAAAAGUAGUAAAGAAGAGAGAAUUGCUUUGAUAAUAGAAAAACAUGUAAAGUCAUCAUCAAGUCAUCUGGGUAAAUCUUGAAAACACAUUUAGCUGCCAAUUUUACAAACCUUUAAUAUAUCAGUGCUCUAGUAUAUAACCUCAAACACAUGUAAAUAGAAUUAUUUUCUUGUUUUGAAAUGUUAAUAUAAUAAAUGUUGACUCUUUGGGAGAGUUGAUGGCAAAUUUUCACUGGUGAGAAACAUGUUACUAUUGUCAACUUGAAAUGUACUCCUUAAUGGGGACACCCCAAAAAGCUAGCUUUCCAAUGUGUGCAUAGU